AUGACUGUUCAAGCUCGAUCCUUCGAGAUUCCGCAGCCGCUAGGGCCUCGGUUGGCGCAAGAUCCUCCCCGGAUAAACAAUAUCCCUCGAAGCGUCCCUAUUCAAGAAGAGCUGGCAAAGCCCACUGACUAUCUCAAGCGGGCGUCGAGUUAUCAGCGUGUCCCGAUGGACGAUUAUAACGAAAACGACAGGAACAAGCCUGACGGUGUCACAUUCUCCGCCCAGGACAAGUUGCCCAAGCUCCCCAUCCCUGACUUGGAACAUACUACAGAGCGGUACUUGAAAGCUCUCAAACCGCUGCAGUCCGCUAGGGAGCAUUUGGAGACCCAGAAUGCUGUCUACGACUUUCUCCACAAUGAGGGGCCUGAUCUUCAGGAGAAGUUGAAGACAUAUGCACAGAGCAAGACCAGCUAUAUCGAACAGUUUUGGUACGACUCAUACCUCAAUUAUGAUAACCCUGUCGUCUUGAACCUGAACCCCUUCUUCCUUCUGGAAGACGACCCCACCCCGGCCCGGAAUGACCAGGUUACUAGAGCGGCCUCACUGGUCGCCUCGUCGCUCGAGUUCGUUCGAGCUGUGAGGAAGGAGGAGCUCCCUCCAGAUUCUGUCAAGGGAACCCCACUCUGCAUGUACCAGUUCUCAAGACUAUUCGGCACAGCCCGCGUGCCGACCGAGGCCGGCUGCCAGAUCCAGCAGGACCCUAGCUCCAAACACAUGGUUGUCAUGUGUCACGGCCAGCUGUACUGGUUUGAUGUACUGGACGAUAACUCGGACGCGAUAAUGACAGAGCGGGACAUUGCCCUGAACCUGCAAACUAUUGUCGACGAUGCUCAGCAGAUCCCCAUUCAAGAGGCUGCCAAGGGUGCGGUGGGUGUUUUGAGUACCGAGAACCGCAAGGUCUGGUCAGGACUGCGCGACCUCCUGACCAGGGAGUACGCAUCAAACAAUGCCGAUUCGCUCAACAUUGUCGACUCAGCCCUCUUUGUCCUGUGCCUCGACUACACGGAGCCGGCCGACGUCGCAGCCCUGUGCCAGAACAUGCUGUGCGGCACCAGUCUCGUCGAGAAAGGCGUUCAGAUCGGCACCUGCACAAACCGGUGGUACGACAAGCUCCAGAUAAUUGUCUGCAAGAAUGGAAGCGCCGGUAUCAACUUCGAGCACACCGGCGUCGAUGGCCACACAGUCCUCCGCUUCGCUAGCGACGUAUACACGGAUACGAUCCUGCGUUUCGCCCGCACCAUCAACGGCAAGGCCCCGAGCAUGUGGGCAUCGACAAGCCCGGACCCUUCGAAGCGUGACCCCAGCAGCUUCGGUGACGUUAAUACGACACCGCGCAAGCUAGAAUGGGAUAUGAUCCCUGAGCUGAGCAUUGCCGUACGCUUCGCCGAGACAAGGCUAGCUGAUCUUAUUGAGCAGAACGAGUUCCAGUGUCUCGACUUUGACUCUUUUGGAAAGAACUUCAUCACCUCGAUGGGCUUUUCGCCCGAUGCAUUUGUGCAGAUGGCCUUUCAGGCCGCAUACUACGGUCUCUAUGGAAAAGUCGAGUGCACAUAUGAGCCCGCCAUGACAAAGGUGUACCUCCACGGUCGCACCGAGGCCAUCCGCCCUGUUACUGACGAGUCGCUCGACUUCGUUCAGUCAUUUUGGGCGGAUCACCCUGCCGAGAAGAAGCUGGAAGCCCUUCGCAAGGCGUGCCAGAAGCAUGUCAACAGCACAAGGGAGUGUGCAAAAGGCCAGGGCUGCGACCGACACCUGUACGCCCUCCUGUGCGUGUGGCAGAAGUAUGUCAACGAGGCGUCGGCGAGUGGCCGCAGUAGCAACGGCUGGUCCAGUCCUCUUGAUGGGGACUCCGAGCGCGAUGCCCCGUCUCCCGUCGGCAACUCCUCUAAUGGAAUCUCCUCCAGCGGGGCCACCUCAAAGAACGGAGACCAUCACAACGGGGACACACUCUCUGCUCAGGGAACCAUGAGCAGCAUCGAAGUUAAUCCUAGUGGCCGUGAGCGUGGUGAUAGUAACACGUCCCGCUCGUCCCGCGGACGUGACAACAACACCCCGCUGCCCCUCCUGUUCGCCGACCCUGGGUGGGACCGCCUCAACACAACUGUCCUGUCAACCUCCAAUUGCGGCAACCCAGCCCUCAGGCAUUUCGGGUUCGGCCCCACUUCCGGCGACGGUUUCGGCAUCGGGUAUAUCAUCAAGGAUGAGGGCAUCUCCAUCUGCGUAUCCAGCAAGCAUCGCCAGACACGCCGGUUCCUGGACACGCUGGAGUCGUACCUCCUAGAGAUCCGCCGUAUGCUGCGCAUCACCAACCGCAAGGCGUCGCAAGCCAAGACUUCGCGCGCUCGUGAGGCCGAGGAUUCCAACUCUAUCGUCAAGAAGAAUGGCACGUCUCGUGCUUCCAACAGCAGUCGUCUCAAGUCGAGGGGUAGGCUGGUCACGGCGGAUCCGACGAGGCCAUUCAGGCAGCAUAGUUUUGGAACUAGGACGCCUACUGAAGAGAGUGUUACGCUCAGUGAGGACGAUGAUGAAUUGGGUGGAUACGGGUUCUUUGACGCAGGAAUGCUUCUUCAAGCCCUCAAGGCUAGGGGCAAGAACUACGACAAUGGUGAAACCAAGCCAUCUGAGAGGGCUGUUGUACAGGCCAGACGACGCGAUGUUGGAAAGAAGCUGCAUCUGAAUGAUUACUAG